AUGGAUCAAUCGUUUACCUCUGGGCCGCUGAAAUUCAAACCAAGACGCGUUAAGAACCAGAAUAUCGUUUGGAAACUUCGCCAAAGAGAGACACAUCUGUGCAAGACAGGGACUCAUUUCCACCAGGCAAGGUCUUUUAAUCAAAAUAUCUUUCCGAAUUUUACAAUUGUUAACGUUGAAAAACCGCCAUGUUUUCUAAGGAAAUUCUCGCCAGAUGGCAGACAUUUUGUUGCAUUCUCCCUCGACCAAAGCUCACUGGAAAUUUAUGAGUUCCAAGGUGCAAGUGCCGCAGGAGAAAUGCUCGCCAACCCCCAGGUUAAUUCCUCCACGAUACGCAGCAAGUUGUUUUCGCAAUUUUUCCGCCAACUUGCAGUCACGACUGUUGCCCCUAACAACGAACAUCUAAACCGAGAAUGUAGUCUGUUUACAGACGAUGGAAGAUAUGUAAUAGUCUGUUCAGCUUGCCAGUUGCCGGAGGACCCCCACCCUUAUUUCUAUGACGUGUAUCGGAAUAACGAAUCUGUCACCCCGCAUCAUCAAAGGUGUGCCUUAGAGGACUACACCCUCCAUUUGAUUGAUCUCUACACUGGAAUGCUGUCCGACUCGAGAUCCUUUAAAUGCGACAAAAUAUUUCUGUCUCAUAACCAAGGCCUAUAUUUAUACAAGGAUUUAUUAGCAGUGUUGUCUGUGCAACACCAAACUAUUCAUAUUUUUCAAGUCACCUCAGACGGCCGGUUCAUCGAUGUGCGGACGAUUGGACGAUUUUGUAACGAGGAUGAUGAAAUGAUGUCUGCUGCAGUACGACCACAGGAGAACCGUCCAUUUAGGCCUUAUAACGAGAAGUGCAUUAAUGGCCUUAAGCAUCGGUUGCUUGUGUUUCUAUGGCGGCGAGCUCAGAGUAUCGGCACUCUUCUAGCGAUUAGAAGGUUCUACCAGCAUUUCGACUUGUUUCGAAACUUAAAAAUGUGGAAAAUGCAAUUACUGGAUGAGGAUCAUGUUUUUAUAAAGUAUGCAAGCGAAGACGUUGUUACCCUCCGUGCUAACGACCCUAAUUCCCAGCCAUCAUUUUUUGUCAUUUACAACAUGAAAACGACUGAGAUACUGUCCGUUUACGAGAACACCUCAGAAGAACUACUAGAUCUAUUUGAACAAUUUUGCGAUCAUUUCCGAAAUGCAAUGCUUCAUGCGGUUGCCCAGUUCACUUGCUCGGCAUCAAGUAAUAUUCACGCUCGGCAGAUUCUGAGACGUUUCAAGCACACAAUCAUCAAUGCAAAAUAUGGCGGACAAACCGAAGCAAUCAAGAGGCUCUUGGCUCAAUUACCGAUCAGCUCGCAGUCCUACAGCAGCAGUCCCUACUUAGAUCUGUCUUUGUUUAGCUACGAUGAUAAGUGGGUGUCAGUCAUGGAGAGACCCAAGGCAUGUGGAGAUCAUCCAAUCAGGUGA